CUUCUUCUUCCAAACUAAAAAGGACCACUCUUUUUAUUUUUAUAUAUAUCAAACCUCUGGCUCUCUCAAUCUUCACUCUCCUCACCACAAUGCUGCGCAAGAACAAGCUUGGCACCGUUCCCGUUCACCUCAACGUCUAUGAUCUCACCCCAAUUAAUGGCUACGCCUAUUGGUUUGGCCUUGGACUCUACCAUUCUGGGGUUCAAGUUCAUGGGCUGGAAUAUGGAUUUGGUGCGAACGAGCACGACACAACGGGGAUUUUCCAAGUUCAACCGAAACACUGUCCUGGGUUCACCUUCAGAAAGUCAAUUUUCAUCGGAACAACAGAUCUGGGUGCCAAGGAUGUUCGAGCAUUCAUGGAGAAGCUAGCUCAAGAUUAUUCUGGCAAUACCUACCAUCUCAUUUCCAAGAAUUGCAACCAUUUCUGUAACGAUGUUUGUCUCAAAUUGACCGGAAAGUCAAUCCCUCGUUGGGUCAACCGGCUUGCUCGACUUGGUCUUCUGUGCAACUGUGUUCUCCCCCCUGACCUAAAUGACACAAAGGUUUCACAAGUUGCAUCAGACAGGGUUCAAGAAGGUGAAAAGAGGAAAAUUAGAAGCCAUUCCUGUAGGUACGAAGGUUCCUCCAAUCCUUCAUCGUCUCGACGUUCAACAAUUAAGAGUAGUAGUAGCCAAAGAUAUUGCCUUCCUCCAUCUUCUUCUUUGAUUAAUGCUGCUUCAGCUUCAACCUUAACAGUGAAGUAAGAAGCAGUCAGGUUCUGAAAUAUAUAGGGGUUUAGAAUUACGUAAGCAACCCAAGAUGAGCAAGGAGGAAACAUGUAUGUUUGUUUGCUCAAUUUUUUUCUCUUCUGAUCUAUAUCUUUCUUAGUUUGGCAAUAGCUGAAUGGUUGCUUUGUUUUGUCUCUGUUCAUUGUAAAAUGUUUUCUUUAGUGAAUGACACGUUCCUUUGUUUCUACAUUUUUUGGGCUGUGUAUUCUUGAAUCUUGAUUAAUGUACAAUAGCCGAUGUAGCAUAUAGCAGUGUAUUCGAAAAUUAAAA